UUUCGAUUUUAAAUUCGGGCCCUGCCGUAGCCGCAGCAUGUUGUUUCGCGUGAUUUUUUUAAAUUAUAAUUUCAACGUUUUAGACCGAUAGUUUAAAGUGUUUUAAGGGAAAACUGGUAAAAGUGGAAGUUCUGCAAUUGAAAUGGCCGGUUUGGAGAUUAUCGUAGGCACGUACGAAGAAUAUACCGCCGGUUACAAAGCCGAACCCCUCAAAACGGAUGCCUCCAAGUUGUACUUGAAGGAAAUUUUCUCCACCCACAAUCACACGGCAUCGGUUCGGGUGCUGGCAACGUAUGGUAACAUCCUUGCCUCCGGAGGUGCAGACGAUCGAAUUUGCCUGUUCGAUUUGGAAACCGGCACACUGAAGGACGAGUUGAUCCACCACAAUGGCACAAUUAAUUGUUUGGUUUUUUCGAAUGAUGGGGAUUACUUGUUUAGCGGAAGUCACGAUGGGACCAUCUCGGCCGUCAAUAUGAAAAAGUUGGCCGUUGAGAAGACGUGGAAAAAUGCCCACAAAAGUGCGGUCUUGAGCAUAAGCAUUCAUCCACACGGGAAGAUUGCGCUUUCCCUGGGAUCCGAUAUGACUCUGCGUACAUGGGAUUUGGUAACGGGUAGGGCAAUCUAUACCCGAGGAUUGAAGGGCGACCCCAAGUAUAGUGGAUCGCUGUCAUCGGUGGAGUGGAGUCCAGAUGGGACCUAUAUUGCGCUGAUGGGAGCCCGGGUUGUGGACAUCGUCUCGAUGGAAACGGCCAAAUCCGUCCGGACAGUCAAAUGCUCCAGCAAACCGGCUUGCCUCACAUGGAUCUCGGAAACAGAACUGGCCUGUGGUUUGGACGAUGGGAAUCUGCUGAUGUUUGAUGCCGAAGCAGGCGACGCGGAACCGGAAAAGUUCCAAGCCUACGAGUCACGGCUCAAGUCGAUUGCCUUCGUUGGGAACCAUCUGGCCACGGCUUCCAGUGCCGGUGAUAUCAGUCUAUGGAAGAUCGAAGGGAAUGAUUUUCAGGAAAUUUGUACAACAAACAUUGGAUGCAGGCCAACCUGCCUAGUUCUUGUCGAAGCGGAUCUUCUUGGAUUGCAUAAAUAUCUAAAACAACUGGAGGACAACAAGGACGAAAUCCGUCAGCAGUUGAGAAAAAUUAGGUCCUUUGGAAGUGUAACGGUUGAGCACGAGGAUCCACUGCAGGAGCAAAGCGAACAGAACGGGCAGAAAGUUAAAGGUAAGAAAAAGAAACGUCCCCUGGCAGCGGCGGUGGAUGAAGAAGAAGGACCGGUCGAAGUCAGCACACCGAUUUCUAAAAAGCAGAGAAAGCUCCUGAAAGAGAAAUCAUUGAUCGCUCUGGAACAACCUUCGCCAAUUGUUUCCGACUCGGCAAGCAAAAACCUGCUGUCGAAAAAGAAGCGUAAACGAAACAAUGGAAACACCAGUACUGGCGUUUGGAUUGAGGAAGAUUUUGAACCGGAAGCAAAGGAGUCAACGGAAACCGUUAAGGUUAAAAAGAGCAAGAAGGGGUUGAAUCAGACAGUCGGGUCGUUGAAGCCUAAAAAGAAGAAAGACAAACGGCUUUCGUUGUAGAUUGUUGGGUUUGAAUAUAUGACUGUUUCUGGAAAA